AUGGCUUCCCGUGUCCUUGUCUCUGGUCUUCCCCGGUCCCUCCCUCCCCUUCCUCCGGGGCCUGGUCCUUCCUGCGUCCCCUGUGUCAAGGGGCGGCUCCGGGCUGCCCCUCACUCCUCUCAGUUUCCCCCGACAGAGGCCCCACUGCAGACGCUUCACAUCGACGUGUGGGGCCCGGCCCGCGUCCGUGGACAUGGUCACGAGCGCUACUUUCUGCUGGUGGUUGACGACUACUCGCGUUACACCACAGUCUUCCCCUUGCGCAGCAAGGGCGAUGUCACUGAGGUGUUGAUCGACUGGAUCCGCGCAGCUCGUCUCCAGCUCAGGAGGAGCUUCGGCUCGGACUUUCCUGUUCUGCGUCUGCAUUCUGACCGAGGCGGAGAGUUCUCCUCUGGCCUUCUGCGAGCGUAUUGCCGUGCGCGAGGCAUCCGCCAGACCUUUACGCUUCCGGACUCUCCACAGCAAUAUGGGAUUGCUGAGCGCCGCAUUGGCAUGGUCAUGGACGUCGCUCUUACGUCCAUGAUGCAUGCGGCUGCCCCCCAUUUUCUGUGGUCGUUUGCGGUUCGGUACGCGGCGCAUCAGAUCAACCUUCACCCUAGGGUCUCCAUGCCGGAGACCUCCCCAGCUUUGCUGUGGACGGGGAAGGUUGGCAAUGCGUCUGGAUUCCGUGUCUGGGGAUCUCGGGCGUUUGUCCGCGACUUGUCUACGGACAAGCUGUCCCCUCGUGCUGCUCCUUCUGUCUUCCUUGGCUUCCCCCCUGACGCGCCAGGGUGGCAGUUCUACCACCCCUCCUUUCGUCGUGUUCUGUCCUCACAGGACGUCACGUUUGACGAGUCGGUGCCCUACUACCAUCUCUUCCCCUACCGCAAUCCUUCCCUCCCCCCGCCUCCGCUCUUCCUUGUGCCAGGUCCCCCCCCGGUAGACCCCCUCCCCUCUCAGGGUCCUGCCCCUUCAGGUGUGUCCCAGGUAGACGCAGUCAAGCCGGCCGAGGUUGCUGGUGACUCUAGUACUGCUGCGGGUGCUGAGCCCGGGGGUGCUGACUCUGGGGGUGCUACGCGAGUGGGUGCUGAGCCUGGGGAUGCUGAGCUUGGGAGUGCUGAGACUUGGGGUGCUGAGCCUGGGGGUGCUGAGCCUGGGGGUGCUGAGCCUGGGGGUGCUGCGACUGGGGGUGCUGAGCCUGGGGGUGCUACGUCAGGAGCUGCUGAGCCUGGGGGUGCCACGUCUGGAGCUGCUGGGCCUGGAGGUUCUCCGGGUGCUUCGUCUCGGCGGGAGCCGCUCUCUCCACAGGAGCUGCGCAAGUGGUUUGCCCGGCGCCGAAGGCGUACUACUGGAGCUGGAGCUUCUUCGGCUGCUGAGGGUGCUGGUGCCGCCGGUCCCGGAGGUGCUCGUCCGGGGGGUGCUGGAGCUGCUGUACCUGCGAGUGCGACUAGAGCUAGACCUGCUGAGGGUGUUGGCGCUGAGACUAGUGCUGUCAGUCCUGCCGGCGGUCCUGCUGCGGGUGCUGCUGGUGCUACUGGAGGUACUGCAGCUGGUGGUGCUGUUGGCGCUGGUGUUGGCGCUGAGGGUGCAGGUGCUGUCCCUGCUAUGUGUGGAGUCGCCGCGCGGCCUCGGCCGUACUUCGUUCCGCUCCUUCAGCAGCCUGCGUCUCGUCCUGCGUUGCCUGUUCGUGCUGCUCGCGCUAGUGGUCGCGGUUCGCGUCAGCGUCCUCCUCCUGUCCCUGGCACGCACCGGAUGUCUCUGCGUCCGUCCACUGCUCCUCUGCGUGCCCCUUUGCCUUCUCCUCCUGAGUCCUCUCUUCCUGCACUUGCCGACCCGGAGUCGGACUCUCUUCCUGCUGCCAGUCCUACUGUCACGUGUCUCCUUGCUACUGUCGUCACUGACCCCUCCUUUGAGUCCACUGCUGCGUCUGCUCUUGUCGCUGAGCUCGUCGACUUUGCUGCUCGCUGUCGUCUAGACUACGCUGCUAGUCUUGUUGCUGAGUCUGAGUCUGUCUGUCCUCCGUCCGUCGGGGGUGAGUGUGCUCUUGGCACAGACGUCCUUGAGGACAUGCAGGAGGAGUUCCAGUGUCUGGCUGCUGCUUCACCUCAUCUCGUGUCCGUACUGCUUACCCCUGAGGGAGACCCGGAUGCACUUGACAUCCCGACUCCGCGCUCUUACACGGAGGCCGUAGAGGGUCCCUACUCCUGUCAGUGGCAGGCAGCUAUAGAUGCAGAGAUGGCUUCCUGGAAGUCCACAGGCACCUACGUUGACGCGGUUCCCCCACCUGGGGCGAACAUCGUCAGUGGCAUGUGGAUCUUCAGGGUGAAGCGGCCGCCAGGUUCUCCACCUGUCUUCAAGGCGCGAUGA